GUGGAGCGGCUCCCAUGCCGGGGGAGCUGUGCCCGUGCCAUUCCCGGUGCCGGCACACGCAGGGAUGCUGUCCCCGGCUCGCUGGCAGGGAGCAUCCCGCCCUGGCGGUGCCUGGGCAGCACUGGGUGUCCCUGAGCGCCCCGCGGUCCUGCCGCGCCCUUCACUCCCACCCCCUCCUCUCCGGCGCCGCGUUCGCAGCCAGGCUCCCGGAGAGUCACCGUGGCCGCUGUGUCACUGCUCGGUCACCGCGCCCGGCUCUGACAGCGAGGAUUUCCCGGCGCCGGGUGAAUUCCCCGCGGGGAGAGCCCGCCCGUCCCCGCCCCGCCGGCGCAGCAGGCGGUAAAACCCCGGAGCCGGGCUGGGGACCCCGGCUGACAAAUGCUGCCGCUGUGACCUUUUGCCGAGCAAGUUCCCCUGCAAAAAGCACCUCGCCGUGCGCGCAGUGCGGGCCGCGCCGCGCGUUUCCCGCACACGGCAUCUCCGCUGCGAUCGGCGUCCUGCCGUGCCCGUGCCGCCCAUCCUGCCCGAGCUGGCCUCCCCUGCGCCCCGGGCCGGCCGCACCGGACGGAGGUGGCAUGACACUCUGUGCGCAGUCUCUGGACAUACAGCCAGAACUUUUCGUUCACAUGGCAGCAGCAAACUCUUCUCCACCUGGUUCUCUGGAUCUAAACCAGCCUGGGUUUGCAAAGGAGAUCCUGGGAACUAAGCUGGAGGUCAAAUACCUGUGCUCUGACUGCAAGAACAUCCUCAGGCGGCCGUUCCAGGCACAGUGCGGCCAUCGCUACUGCUCCUACUGCCUGAAGAGAAUCAUCAGUGCUGGACCUCAAAAGUGUGCCAGCUGUAUCCAGGAAGGAAUAUAUGAAGAAGGAAUUUCUAUUUUGGAAACAAGCUCGGCUUUCCCAGACAAUGCGGCGCGGCGGGAAGUGGAGAGUCUGCCUGCUGUCUGCAUCAACAGCGGCUGCACCUGGAAGGGAACCAUCAAAGAGUACGAGGCUCAUGAUGAAGUCUGCCCUGAAUUCCCGCUGACUUGUGAAGGCUGUGGGAAGAAGAUUCCCAGGGAGAAGUUUCGGGACCACGUGAAGACGUGUGGCAGAUCCAAAGUACCUUGCCGGUUCGAGGCUGUGGGCUGUGCUGAGGUGGUGGAAAAUGAAAAGCUCCUGGAACAUGAAAGGAAGUGUUUGGCAGAGCAUCUCUACAUGCUUCUGAGCUCUGUGCUCAGCCUCAAGACUGGUGCUGGGGACCUGAAACCCCUUGCUGUUCCUUCCUCAUCACAAAACAGCUCCCCGCUUCUGGCAGCAAACUCACUGUGCUCAGAGUCGGAGCUCUCCCGGUCCCUGGAGCUCUUGGGAAGGUGUGAGGCCCUUGAGAGGAAAACAGUUACCUUUGAGAACAUUGUCUGUGUGCUUAACCGGGAGGUGGAGAGAGUUUCCCUGACAGCUGAAGCCUACAGUCGGCAGCACCGGCUGGACCAGGAGAAAAUUGAAACACUGAGCAACAAGGUCCGGCAGCUGGAGAGGAGCAUUGGGCUUAAAGACCUGGCCAUGGCUGAGAUGGAGGAGAAGAUCCGCAACAUGGAGGCUUCCACCUACGAUGGGGUUUUCAUCUGGAAGAUAACGGAGUUUGCCCGGAAGCGUCAGGAGGCGAUAACAGGCCGCUCUCCUGCCAUCUUCUCCCCAGCUUUCUACACCAGCAAGUACGGCUACAAGAUGUGUCUGCGCGUGUACCUGAACGGGGACGGCACCGGCCGCGGGACCCACCUGUCCUUGUUUUUUGUGGUGAUGAAGGGACCUAACGACGCGCUGCUGCGGUGGCCCUUCAACCAGAAGGUCACCCUGAUGCUUCUGGACCAGAAUAACCGGGAGCACAUCAUCGACGCCUUCCGCCCUGAUGUGACAUCCUCAUCCUUCCAGCGCCCUGUCACGGAGAUGAACAUCGCCAGUGGCUGCCCCCUCUUCUGCCCCGUGUCCGUCAUGGAAGCCAAGAACUCCUACGUGCGUGAUGAUGCCAUCUUUAUUAAAGCCAUCGUUGAUCUCACAGGCCUCUAACCCUCCUGACCUUGGAGCAGUGAGCGUGGAACCAGCACUGCCCAGGGCAUCUCCCGCUUGUGCUGCACUUCAGGCAGGUCUCAGAGCAAGAGAGAGGAAAAGAGAGAGGAAAAGCCCUUCCUGAAAGGGACCUUUGCUCUGAGUGGAAAUGAGGUGUCUGACAGGAGCCCUCUUUCCUGAGGAGAGGGUUGGGUGGAUACUGGCAGGCUGUGGAAUAUGGAAGAUUCCCUGCAGAGACUUGGAUGUCUGAACUGCUGCUGUCUGGACUCCAGUGGAAACCAGUGCAGCUCUUGCUCUACCAGCUUAGCCGACAUCCACAGCUCUCUAGUAAAACAGUGGUGUGCCCUGCCUGAGCUCCACCUCCUGUGGAUUUUGGCUCAGCUGUCUAGGAUUUC